GUCUCACCGGCCGGCCCCACACGGAGACACAUUUGGGCAUCUCAAGGAUGGGUGACUGAAGUAGUGACAUUUGGGAACCUCGUGCUUCCGGGCUGCCUGCUCGACGAUUGGCUGAAGCAGUGGACGGCUGGCUGCGGAUUGGCUGCGCUCAGCGGCGGGUUGAGCAACUGGAGUGAAGGGAGCAGUUGGGCCAAAGAUGGCGGCCGCCGAGGGCCCCGCGGGCGACGGUGAGCUGUGGCAGAGCUGGCUUCCUAACCACGUCGUGUUCACGCGGCUGCGGGAAGGACUGAAAAACCAGAGCCCAGCCGAGGCUCAGAAACCGGCUUCUUCAUCACUGCCUUCGUCGCCGCCGCCGCCGCCGCAGUUGCUUACGAGAAACCUGGUCUUAGGCCUCGGCGGAGAGCUCUUCCUGUGGGAUGGGGAAGGCAGCUCCUUCUUGGUGGUUCGCCUUCGGGGCCUCAGCGGCGCCGGCGAGGAGCCCUCCCUCUCCCAGUACCAGAGAUUGCUUUGCAUAAAUCCGCCCCUGUUUGAAAUCUAUCAAGUCUUGUUAAGUCCAACACAACAUCACAUAGCACUUAUAGGAAUAAAAGGAAUUAUGGUAUUAGAAUUACCUAAAAGAUGGGGGAAGAAUUCUGAAUUUGAAGGUGGAAAAUCAACAGUGAAUUGUAGUACCACUCCAGUUGCUGAGAGAUUUUUCACCAGUUCUACCUCUCUGGCUCUAAAGCAUGCUGCCUGGUAUCCAAGUGAAGUGCUGGACCCCCACAUAGUACUGUUAACAUCAGACAACGUGAUAAGAAUUUACUCUCUACGUGAGCCCCAGACACCCACUAAGGUCAUUGUACUUUCAGAAGCAGAAGAGGAAGGUCUAACGCUCAAUAAAGGAAGGGCAUAUACCGCGUCUCUAGGAGAGACAGCAGUUGCAUUUGACUUUGGGCCUUUGGCAGCAGUCCCGAAGAAUAUAUUUGGACAAAAGGGCAAAGAUGAAGUAGUGGCAUACCCACUGUACAUCUUAUAUGAGAAUGGGGAGACUUUCCUUACAUAUGUUAGUUUGUUACACAGCCCUGGGAAUAUCGGAAAGCUGUUAGGUCCAUUGCCCAUGCAUCCUGCAGCUGAAGAUAACUAUGGUUACGAUGCUUGUGCUAUACUCUGCUUACCCUGCGUCCCCAACAUCUUAGUGAUUGCUACUGAAUCAGGAAUGCUGUAUCACUGUGUUGUGCUGGAAGGGGAGGAAGAAGAUGACCAAACAUCAGAAAAGUCCUGGGAUUCCAGGGCCGACCUCAUUCCUUCUCUGUAUGUGUUUGAGUGUGUUGAGUUGGAGCUUGCCCUGAGACUGGCAUCUGGAGAGGAUGAUCCCUUUGAUUCUGACUUUUCUUGUCCAAUCAAACUUCACAGAGAUCCCAAGUGUCCCUCAAGAUAUCACUGUACUCAUGAAGCUGGUGUACAUAGUGUUGGGCUAACUUGGAUUCAUAAACUUCACAAAUUUCUUGGAUCAGAUGAAGAAGAUAAGGAUAGUUUACAGGAACUUGCUACCGAACAGAAAUGCUUUGUAGAACACAUCCUUUGUACAAAGCCAUUGCCAUGCAGGCAGCCAGCUCCAAUUCGAGGAUUCUGGAUCGUCCCUGACAUCCUGGGGCCCACAAUGAUCUGCAUCACCAGUACCUACGAAUGCCUCCUAAGGCCUUUAUUAAGCACAGUCCAUCCAGCAUCUCCACCUCUGCUUUGUACCCGAGAAGAUGUUGAAGUGGCAGAGUCUCCCCUCCGUAUUCUGGCUGAAACCCCGGAUUCCUUUGAAAAGCAUAUUAGAAGCAUUUUGCAGCGCAGUGUUGCAAAUCCAGCAUUUGUGAAAUCAUCUGAAAAAGAUACGGCCCCUCCUCCUGAAGAAUGUCUUCAGCUCAUCAGCAGAGCCACCCAGGUAUUCAGAGAACAGUACAUCCUUAAACAGGACCUGGCAAAGGAGGAGAUUCAGCGGAGGGUCAGAUUAUUAUGUGACCAAAAAAAGAAACAGCUAGAAGAUCUCAAUUAUUGUCGAGAGGAGAGGAAAAGUCUACGGGAAAUGGCUGAGCGCUUAGCUGACAAAUAUGAGGAAGCCAAGGAAAAACAAGAAGAUAUCAUGAACAGGAUGAAAAAAGUACUUCACAGUUUUCACUCUCAGCUCCCAGUUCUCUCUGAUAGUGAGAGAGCCAUGAAGAGAGAAUUACAGCUGAUACCUGAUCAACUCCGACAUUUGGGCAAUGCCAUCAAACAGGUUACUAUGAAAAAAGACUAUCAACAGCGAAAGAUGGAAAAAGUACUGAGUCCUCAAAAACCCACCAUCACUCUCAGCGCCUACCAGCGCAAGUGCAUUCAGUCCAUCCUGAAGGAGGAGGGUGAACACAUAAGAGAAAUGGUGAAGCAAAUUAACGAUAUCCGAAACCAUGUAAACUUCUGACACCACCAGCAACAGAUUCACACCUGAAGUUAACACGAGUGAAGGCUGAAACUCGUAUUGUAAAACAAGCAGCAUUAUCUAAUUUAUAAAGAGGCAGUCUAGAUGAACUUUGGUGUGGCUGUUCAUCAUUUUUUAUAUUUUACUUGUUUUAUAAUUAUUCAAUAAACGCUUUUAUUUAAAAAUUGGAAUGUGUUUUGUAUAUA